UCGCAGCCCCCGGGAGCGCGGGAUGGGUGGCGCGCUGCUGCUCGCGCUGCUGGCGGCGGCGCGGGCCGGCGAGCCCAACGCGACCGACCUCACCGCAACCGACUUCACCGACCUCACAGGCCCCGACCCUGAACUCGAGGAGAGGACCCCGCUCUUCCCCGAGGAUCUCUUCACCGACGAUGAACGUCGCUCCGGCGCCGUCGUCCUCCACGUGAUAGGCAUGGGCUACAUGUUUGUAGCUCUCGCGAUAGUUUGCGAUGAGUUCUUCGUGCCGGCGCUGGACGUGAUCAUCGAGCGACUCGCGAUACGGGACGAUGUCGCCGGCGCUACCUUCAUGGCAGCCGGUGGCUCAGCCCCUGAGCUGUUCACAUCUAUUAUCGGCGUGUUCGUGUCGUUCGACGACGUCGGCAUAGGAACGAUCGUCGGUUCCGCCGUGUUCAACAUAUUGUUCGUGAUCGGUGCUUGCGCGCUGUUCUCGCGCACGACGCUAACCCUCACAUGGUGGCCUCUCUUCCGCGAUUGCACCUUUUACUCGAUCAGCCUCCUUGUGUUAAUAUACUGUUUCCGUGAUAAUGUUAUAUACUGGCAGGAGGCGUUGGUACUGUUAUCUUUGUAUGGAGCGUACGUGUUGUUCAUGAGAUGGAACCAGCAAGUGGAGAGAGCGGUGAAGAAGCUGAUAUACAAAAACAAGGUGACGAGGGUCAGGAGUACUGAUCAGCUGAUGCCUACGCACCAGACAGCCGCUCAGACUUUGCACGGGAACGCGACAACGUCGAGCGAGACGUCAGUAGGCACGAACACAGCGACGGUCACCGCCAACCCGGGGCCGAGUAAAGCGCCACCACCCAACGCCAAGUUCCGUCACGGUCUGCUGCAGCUCAUGAUACACACCAUCGAUCCUAUGCACGACGGUGAGUUAGGUAAAGUAGACGAGAAGGCAACGCAGCUGCACGCGAUAGCUUCGCUCAAGGUGCUCCUGGAGGCGACGAAGCCGACAGCGGGUGGUGCUGGCGCGGCUGCUGCGAAGCACUCCGCCGCCGCUGCACAAGCUAAGGAGACGCCUCUUGACCUACCCAAUGGAGGCCUGGCGGACGUCCAAUUAGAUGCCAUAGAAGAGAUCGGAGACCUGGAGGACGAUACGAUGCCAUUGGAUAUGUCGUGGCCCUCCGGUUUCCGCAAGCAACUCACAUAUUUGUUGGUCGCACCCAUUGUCUUCCCAUUAUGGAUGACCCUCCCGGACACGAGGACUCCGAGAGGGAAGAAACUGUUCCCUGUAACAUUUAUAGGGUCGAUAGUUUGGAUAGCGUUUUUCUCCUACCUCAUGGUUUGGUGGGCGAACUUGGUAGGGGCGGCAGCAUAUGUGCCUCCCGAGGUGAUGGGGCUAACGCUCCUCGCCGCGGGUACUUCGGUGCCGGACCUGAUCACCUCAGUCAUUGUUGCAAGGAAAGGAUUUGGUGACAUGGCAGUCUCCAGCUCCGUGGGCAGUAAUAUUUUUGACGUCACUGUUGGGUUGCCUCUGCCUUGGCUCCUGUAUGGUUUAAUAAACGGGGAACCAGUUCAGGUCAACUCGAAGGGCAUGGUCUGCAGCAUCGUGCUGCUCUUCGCCAUGCUGAUCUUCGUCAUCAUCAGCAUAGCCUGCUUCAGGUGGAAAAUGAACAGGGGUCUCGGUUUCACCAUGUUUCUACUUUAUUUUGUGUUCGUAGCCGUCAGUUUAGCCCUUGAAUAUGGCUAUCUCCAUUGCCCUAGCGAAUAGUUUAAUAUUUGUUUCGUGGUUAUUAACGAAUCGAUCGCAAAUACAAUAAAUAAUUACAAUCAAUUAAAUAUUGUGUUUUUAAGGAUAGUUAUACUGUUUUGAUAUUUGUACGAAACUAUAUUAUAUUUGGUUGUUCAAGAACAAUGUUUUAUACAUAAAACGUCACAUUUUUCUUCCAUUCUAUAAUAAAGGUGUCUCUAUAUAAGGACGGAAUAUCCUUAUACUUUAUCAA